AUGAAAAAAGGAAAAGAAGAUAAUAAAAAAAAAUUAGCAAGAGGUAAAUUAGAAGAUACUAUAGAUAUAACACAAAAUUUGGAACUAGAGUUAAAUAAAAACAAUGAAAAAACAUGUGUGCUGUCGUCAGUUAAUGCUAAUAAAAUUGUCAAUAAAAAAAGGAAGGGAAAUAAAAAUUAUCACCUUAAGGUGGUCACCAAAAAAAGAGCUUUAACUAAAGGGGAAGAAACAGGUGAUGAUAGUAUUUACACAGAAACUGUUUCUUCUGUUGUUGAAAAAAGUCAGGCAGAAAAAGACAGCAAAAAGUUAAAAGUAGAUAGAAAAGAGGACCUUAACACAGACAUUCUUGACAGUAAGGAUAAAGAUUCUUUUAAAAUAGAUGAAGAUCCUUAUUUAUUAAAAGAAGCAACGUAUAUAAGAAAAAACGAGUUAUGGAAAAACAAACAAAGAGUUCUAAUUGUGCGAUCAUCAUUAAAAAAAAAGAAUUGUAAGUCAUUUAUUGAAAAUUUAAAAUUAUUAUUACCACAUCAUAAGGUAGAGAGUAAAUGGAACAAAAAGGCUACAAAAAGUGAUUUAAGUGAUAUAAGUUAUAGCAGAAAUUGUAAUAAUAUCAUAUUUUUUGACAUAAAAAGAAAACGGUAUUGUUUAUGGAUAUGCAAAAAUGUAACGGGUCCAUCGUUAUAUUUUGAAAUAUUAGAUUAUAUACCUUUACAUAGUUUAAUAUUUUCAGGUAACUGUUUAUUAUAUUCAAGACCCCUUUUAAUUUUUAGUAAACAUUUUGAUGAAUUAGAACAUUUGAAAUUAAUAAAAGAAAUGUUUAUUCACGUCUUUGGAAUACCAAAUUAUCAUCCUUUGAGCAAACCAUUUUAUGAUCACUGUUAUAAUUUUUUUUAUACAAAUAAUUUAAUUUAUUUUCGGCAUUAUCAAAUUUUACCAUUAACCCUAGUAGAUUCUAAUAAUAUUAAUAAACAAAAAUUGGUAGAAAUAGGACCCCAAUUCACCUUACAUAUUAUUAAAAUAUUUGAAGAAUGUUUUAAAGGUAGAAUUAUUUUCGAAAAUGUGAAUUAUAAAGAUUACGUUACAGUUCAGCAGAUGAAGAUGCAAAAAAAUAUAAAAAAAAAAAUAAAGCGUCUUGAAAAGAAAGAGAAAACGAUUACAAGGUUAAAAUCAAUUCGUACUCCGAUUAAAACAGAUAUAGACUUUUAG